AUGGACGAAGAAACAUUGAAGGAAGCUCUUACAAGCUUCCCGAACGCCGAAAAGCCGACACCUCCAGCGGCAGCAUCAGGACUUAAUAUCAAUGCGCUCUUCGACAACCCUCUCUUUGCAGGCGGAAUAGGUCUCGCAUCUUUGGGAGCAGUUGCGGCCUUCGCGCGUAAAGGUGCAGUAUCCGCACUUGGAGCAGCCCGCCGUCGCUUGCUCGUGAAUCUCGAAAUCAGCAAGCAAGAUCCAGCAUACCCAUGGAUUCUAGCAUGGCUGUCUCAACCUCGCGAAACACCGGGUUUUAUCGCUUCUCGACUUACACGAAUACAUAAUGUCUCUAUCACUACCACCAACGCAUCUCGGACCGCAGGGUCUAGCGGACCUCAAAACGCGCAAUUCUUCGUACAGCCCGGCUACGGACGACAUAUAGUCAAGACCGGCAAUGUCUACAUUGCCGUGAACCGAGAGAAGCACAACACAGCGAAUAUGAAUACGGGUGAACCGCACGAGAUUGUGCAGUUAACGACGCUUUGGGCGCAUCGACAUGUAUUCGAAGAAGUGUUCAAGGAGGCGCGUGAACUGGCAGCAAAAGCCAAUGAAGGAAAGACAAUAGUAUACUCGGCUAGAGGGAUGGAUUGGCUGCCGCUCGGCGAUCCUCGCAAGAAGCGCCCAUUGGAUUCGGUGAUACUGGAUGAGGGUGUCAAGGAAAACGUUGUUAACGACGUACAAGACUUUUUGAAUCGACAACAAUGGUAUGUGGAUAGAGGUAUCCCGUACCGAAGAGGAUAUUUGCUGUUUGGGCCCCCAGGCAGUGGAAAAACUUCUUUUAUUCAGGCACUUGCAGGAGAGCUGGACUUCAGCGUGGCCAUGAUAAACCUUAGCGAGAUGGGCAUGACAGACGAUAAGCUGGCUUAUCUCCUUACGAAAUUACCCAAGAGGAGUCUGCUGUUACUCGAGGAUGCUGAUGCAGCCUUUGUCAACCGACGACAGCGGGAUGCCGAUGGCUACAAUGGCGCGACAGUGACCUUUUCCGGCCUUCUCAAUGCCCUCGAUGGUGUUGCAGCAGGUGAAGAGCGUAUUGCAUUCCUGACGACCAACCACGUUGACCGGCUCGAUCCUGCGCUGAUCCGACCUGGCCGAGUGGACUUGAUGCUUCGUAUUGGUGAAGCGACACGUUACCAGGCUGAGAAGAUGUGGGAUCGAUUCUACGGCGAUGUUGACAAGGAUCACUCCGGGCGAGAACGAUUCCUUAACCGAUUGGAAAAGUUGGGUCUGUUCGGAGUUGGACCUGAUGGGGAACCAUCGAAUCGACACACAAGCACUGCCGCAAUCCAAGGACUGUUCUUGUUCAACAAGAACGACAUGCAGGGUGCUAUUGAUAUGGCUGAAGGCCUCAUCCCAAGAAAGUUUGAGGCUUCAGAUGAGGUCCCAGAGGGAGCGAUUAAGACACCAGCUUGA